AUGGAGAAGAUGGUGGAGGCUAUAGCUCUUCCCUCCCAGUUUAAGGAUAAUGGCUGCCAAGUUGUACAGAAAUUGCAAAAGCGAAGGAUUCAUGAACAGCAUUGUCUGUACCAGAAAUGUGAGUGCCCUUCUUUGGUUCCAACUUGCUCCUGGGAAGGGGCUUUCCAGACCUUAGUGGAGCAUCUUCGUUACCGUCAUCGUUUGAUGGUCUUGGUGAAAGCUGUGCCCAUAAAGUUAUCGCUCGUGGGUCUGGAUUCGACUCAUCCCUUGUUGUGGGCUACUCGGAUGAAUUGUCACGGACAUGAAUUUGUUAUCCAGGUAAAGAAAAGUGAGACAGAGGGUAACUGUGGCCGUAUAAGUCUCGUCAUUCGCUUUGUGGGAAGCAAAAGAGGAGUGAGCCGAUUUCAAAGUUUCCUCUUAGUAGGAGGAAAAGGAAAGGCUCUUGCGUGGAAUUCAGCUCCAAAAAGUGUCAUGGAGGAGACGAGAAAAAUUAGAGGAGGAAGAAUGUCUAACGGUGUCCACAAAAUUCGUGAGUCAACUUACAAUAAGCCAAACCUUAAGUGUUGUAGUCUCCGUGGAACCCAUUGGUUUCUAAGCUGUCAAAGUGGCCCUCUUUCAAGGGACCAAGGACAAUAA